UUCUGUGGAAACAGCUAUGAAAUCUCUUGUAGCUUUUCUAUUCGCUACGUUUGUUUUCAUUGGAGUUGUUCAGUAUAUCGAAGCUCAAGCACUGUGUACAGUAGCGAGCUGCCAGAAUGGCGUGUGUCUGGGACCACCCUUUGUCGCUACCCCUGUGUGUCUGUGUGACCCUGGAUUCACGUACUCCAUCCUGGAUGUUAAUAUCUGUGAAGACUUUGACGAGUGCAAGAUUGCCUACGGGACCAUUUGUAACCAAGGGCGAUGUGUCAAUCAGCCAGGCAGCUACAGCUGUCAGUGUUAUCCUGGAUACGUUUCUCGUUUCAACAACACCGUUUGUGACUAUCCACCAAAGCGACAACAACAACAACAACAACAACAACCAAACUCUCUACCGAGCCUGCAAUUUCUCUCUUUUAAUGAAUUGGUAAACUGAUGCCGACAAUAUGCACUGUACAACCUGUGAUGUGUGAAUAUGUCAUACAUCUGAAAGUUCCAAAUGUUUUAUUGAUCAUUUGCACAAUUAUAUCAAAAU